AAAAUGUAGCACAAGAUACCAUGAUGGGACAUGGGUGUAGAGGCGGGCGUGGAAGCGUUCACACGUUAGUAUAUAUUUGUACAAGUGUGAGCCAUUCACACGUGUUGUUCAUGUGCCCUUUUUGUGUAAUGUAGGAAGCAACUCCGUUCUUCAGCCUCUCAAACGCAACUUCAUUAUCCAAUUGCCUUCGCAAAAUGUCGGGGAAGCGAAAGAGGAAGUUGAAAUUGUUAAGCGAUGCAAUCACAGAUAAUAGAAGAAAAACAGUUGCUGAGGUGAAAACUGAAAAUUUGGAGCUGCAAUCCUGGGCUGAUCUCCCUGCUGAACUCUUAGAAUCGAUCUUGUCCCGAUUGAUUCUAGUGGAUAACAUCCGGGCUUCUUCUGUUUGCAAGAGAUGGCAUUCUGUUGCCAGUGAUGUACGUGUAGUAAACCAAUCACCAUGGCUUAUGUAUUUUCCAAAAUUCGGUGACUGUUAUGAAUUCUAUGACCCUGUGCAGCAUAAGACACUCACCUUCGAGUUGCCAGAGUUGAAUGGCUCUAGAGUUUGUUAUACAAAAGAUGGUUGGUUAUUGCUAUACCGGCCCAGAACUCACCGAGUAUUCUUCUUUAAUCCCUUUACUCGGGAGCUGAUCAAACUGCCAAGAUUUGAGAUGACAUACCAGAUUGUGGCCUUCUCUUGUGCUCCAACAUCACCUGGCUGUGUUCUGUUUACUGUUAAGCAUGUUAGUCCUACUGUUGUAGCUAUUAGCACUUGUUAUCCUGGGGCAACAGAAUGGACCACUGUUAAUUACCAAAACCGCUUGCCCUUUGUCAGUAGCAUUUGGAAUAAGCUUGUGUUUUGUAAUGGGCUAUUUUAUUGUCUGAGCCUCACAGGUUGGCUUGGUGUGUUUGAUCCAGUUGAAUGUACUUGGAGUGUUCUGGCAGUACCUCCACCCAAAUGCCCAGAGAACUUUUUUGCCAAAAACUGGUGGAAGGGAAAAUUUAUGGCAGAGCAUGAAGGAGAUAUAUUAGUAAUUUAUACAUGCUGUAGUGAAAAUCCCAUUAUUUUUAAGUUAGAUCAGACAUUAAUGAAAUGGGAAGAGAUGACAACACUAGAUGGGGUAACUCUUUUUGCUAGUUUUUUGUCAUCUCAUUCAAGGACUGACCUCAUUGGAAUAAUGAGGAACAGUGUCUACUUCUCCAAAGUUCGUUUCUAUGGAAAGCGUUGCAUAUCAUUCUCUCUUGGUGACUAUAGAUACUAUCCCCGUAAACAGUGUCAUGACUGGGGAGAGCACGACCCUUUUGAGAACAUCUGGAUUGAGCCACCAAAGGACUUUUCAGCUUGCAUGUGAAGAAUUUUAGUGAAACAACAUUUUUUAUUCAUCCUAAAGUCCUAAUGCAGAACAUGUGAAUAUUUGGAAGCAUUGCUACGUUUGCAGUCUGCAUGUAGGAGGCUACUAUAUGCAUAAAAUGGAAGUUACAUGUGAAGGAAUGGACCUCUGUAAGAGGGAACCGAAAAGAUUUGCCUCCUUGGUUGUCUUUGCAGAUCCUGGGACUUUAAGAUUUUUUGCCCAGCACAGCAGAAGACAUUAGAGUUUAUACUGAUCUAGAGAUUUAUUGAUUAUUAUCUUGGGCAUGAUCCAUAGUUUAUUAUAUGUAGGAAUGGACAUCUGUAAAAGGGAAGCGAAAAAGACUUUGCUUCCUUGGCCAUUUUGUCUUUGCAGAUCCUGAAAUAUUUAAGAUUUUUUUGCCCCAACACAACGGGGCUUAUGCAGAACAUUAGAGUUUAUGCUAAUAAAGAGAUUUAUUAAUUAUUAUUUUGGGUA